ACGUUUCUUUUGCCCCGAGUCGCCAUCUUGCCUCCUCUUCACACUUUGACAGCUGGAUCAAAUUACUGCAAACGGUUUCCAAAAACGACGUUGAAGAACAGUUUAUCAGCGAUUGAUUGUGUUUUCCAUUUUCGACUCGACCAUUGAAGGCCGCACGAUUGGAUUUCUUGGUCCCAAUGUCGCCAUCCUCAAACAUCAGAUAAUAAACCGUUGUCCACACUGUCCCACACACCCUAACGCAUAACCCCGGGGUUGAACCUGCUUGCUUGUCCGCCCCUUUCCAGUUCAGCCGAUUUUUUUGUCGACCUUCGACAACACCCAAAUCCCUAAGACGCGUCCUAAUAAGCUUUUCUAUUUCCCAUUCGCCCGCCUUGGGUAUUCGAUCUUGGACAUUACUCCUGGGGAAUUUUCCAUCACGACGAACUCGAAGCGCUUCAAAGUGGGCUCCCGUCCCUGCCGUUCGUUACACUUCUAAUCGUCCCCGCGCUUGGAGCGCACCAUUGCCUCCUUUGACGCCAGCUGGACAUCGGCCUUGGCUGGGGCGCUUGUCCAUACAGCGCUCUUCAUUGGGAUCGAGACGAGGCUACCAACACGACAUUGACGCCUCUGUACCGAGACUAGAUGCGACGAAUUCUCUAGUCGUAAUCUUUUCGCCGUCUUCCCACCUAAACCCAUCGCCUCUUGAAAACCAUUCGAAUCGCACUUCUACUGAGAAAGCCAAAAGAAGAAAAGAAAAGCCACUUGUCGUGAGCCGCCAUGGAUCUCUUCCGGCGAGCCCGACGGCUCGUCCCCCAACAAACACCUGCGCAGCUGCCUUCGGCCAGCGAGAAGAGCAAACCUCAGGGCCCCAACCGCUUGACGUCGCGGUUGGCCUUCUUCAGGAGGCCGCUCCGGUUACGCGGUAACUCGAGCGUGUCUGUGCCUCUGGGAGUUGUCAUACUAUUCCCAUGCAUAGUUGUCAUCCUCAUUUUGGUGCUCUUUGUUCGCCAUCCCAGCUCGCCAGGCAGGAUAUUGAUGCCGGCUGGGGCACCGCCAGCAAUCAGAAAAAUUAGCGAAAAGCAUGACAAGGUUUUUGUCAACGGUUGCCUCGACCCCAAGACUGAGGCAGAUAAGGCUCCUCGCGCCAACGCCGCCUUUGUCGUCCUUGCACGCAACAAGGAGCUGGAUGGUGUCAUCCAGUCCAUCAAGUCGAUUGAGCGUCACUUCAACCGCUGGUUCCACUACCCUUACGUCUUCCUCAACAACGGCGACUUCAAUGAGACCUUCAAGGAGACUGUGCGAAACCACACUUCGGCCCCCGUCGAGUUUGGCUUUGUCGGUCCCGACAUGUGGGGAUACCCCGACUGGAUCGAUGAGAAGGUUGCCAAGGAGGGAAUUGCCAAGCAGGGCGACGCUGCCGUCAUGUACGGUGGUCUCGAGAGCUACCACUCCAUGUGUCGCUUUUAUUCUGGGUUCUUUUACAAGCACCCUCUUCUGGCGAAAUAUGAGUGGUACUGGCGUUUGGAGCCUGAAAUCAAGUACUUCUGUGACAUCACCUACGAUCCUUUCCUGAAGAUGAUUGAAUCAAACAAGACAUACGGAUUCACCAUUGCCGUCAAGGAGCUUCGCGAGACUGUUCCCAACAUCUUCCGCUACGCCUCGGCUUACAAGCGCCUCAAGAACAUCACCACUCAAGGUCUGUGGGAGAUGUUCGUCGAGCCCACUCAGGAGAAGGAGCCUGAGAAGGAGCAGUUGCCUGAGGAUGACCCCAACUACAAGCCACCUUUGCCUGAAGAGGUGACCCGCAACGACCCGAACCGCAAUACCCCCAUCGAGAUCGAUCCCGAGGCGAUGGAGGGUGAGAAGUACAACAUGUGUCACUUCUGGUCGAAUUUCGAGAUUGCCCGUCUGAGCUGGUUCCGUAGCAAGGAGUACGAAGACUUCUUCCAGAUGAUGGACAGGAGUGGUGGCUUCUGGAUGGAGCGGUGGGGUGACGCACCUAUCCACUCGCUCGCCGCCGGUGUUCUUCUCGCACCGCGCGACAUCCACUACUUCCGUGACUUUGGCUACCGCCACACCACGAUCCAGCACUGUCCGGCCAACGCGCCUUCACGGCAGCUGGCUCGCGAGCCCUUCCUGGAGAAGACGACGCUUGACGAGCGCAAGAGGCACGAGGAGGAUCAAUACUGGGAGCAGUUCGACGCCCCCAAGGAGAAUGGCGUUGGUUGCCGCUGCCGCUGUGACACCGAUAUCGUUGAUGUCGAGGGCAAGGACGGUAGCUGCCUGGCCGAAUGGGUAGACGUUGCCGGUGGUUGGGCUAGCCCUUGAUGAUGUUUUAUGAUGAUCGUAAGGGAUACGCGAUGUGGAAACAAACUAAAGAGGUCCAAAAAUGCGCAAAGCCAAGAGAGCAAGAGAAACGCGGGCUUAAAAACGUCCGGCCUCGCCAUCCUAAGAGCGCAAGUUUAUAUUGGGUCAUGUAUGCAUAUCAAUGCCUCCCUCGUCUCUUUCAUGCGUGUCACAGCGCAGCAAACAGUACUUGGGAGUGCACAUCUCGUGUCCUCCUUGGGGAUAUCAUAUUGGAGAGGUUAUUGUUCUGAGUAAUAGAAGGAUGGGUAACGAAAUUAUUAUACUACUAUUUGUUCGUUCAAAAAAAGACCAGGCAGACUUUGAGCGCAUUGAUUGUUUAUGAAGGUAGACGAAACAGGCAAGCGAAUCACAUUGUUUCAAUGGCUUUUUUUUCUAGGCAGACUUGUCUUGUUCAAUUUGAUGGCACUGGGGACGGGGUGCAUUGUCUUUUUGUUUUCUUUUCUUGUCCUGUCUUGGUGAACGAUUACUUUUGUUUAUGUCCGCUUCGACCUCACUUGUGCGUAGGCAUUGUUGUCUAAUGUCAGUUCUAGUAUUUCCAUUCUCAGCAAACACCCCAUCACUCGUCACGACACAUCAGGGGCAUUAUGUCUACAAGACAAUUGAAG